CUCGGGAUCCACUUCCAGAUACUCAAUGCUUUUGGCGCAGCCUCCCAGUUUUUAUAUUUCUUCCUGUCUGUACGAUACUCUCUGUACUCUUAUGCAAAUGCUGUUGUUAUCGUUUUAAUGUAUAGCCACCGGCUCCUCUGUUUUACCAAACAAAAAGAAAAAAACCUCCGAAAGAUAUCUCUAUACCAGAAGACUUCCGGAUCCCUCCAUUGGUGUAAGCCCUUGGUCUCCUCCACCCACCAGAACUAAGAGAACUCAGGGGAGGGAGCUCGAUGGCUGCUGCUCCUCCACCCCUCUCAACCUCCCACCGCUGCAUCGCCCCAAAUCCCUUCUCCCUUCCUCGUUAUUCUUCUCCUGCUACCACUAAUCAUGGUCACAUUUAUAUGAAGAGCAAGGACGAGGUAAAGGAGGAGAAGAAGAAGCCUCCCGGCGCGGCUGUUGUCGUAGCGGCUGCAGCGCGGUCCCAUACCGAGAGGACGAGCGGCACCGGCGGCGACAGCGACAAGGAGGAGGCGAGGGAGAAGAGGGAGGAGGUGAACCGCAGGAUCGCCUCCAAGAAGGCAAUCUCCGUCAUCUUAAGAAGGGAGGCUGCUAAGGCUAUCAUCGAGAAGAAAGGGGGCUCAACCAAUUCCAAGAAGCUUCUCCCACGCACUGUCCUCGAGGCCCUCCACGAGAGGAUCGCCGCCCUUCGUUGGGAAUCCGCUCUCAAGGUGUUCGAGCUACUCCGUGAGCAGCUUUGGUACAGGCCCAACAUUGGCAUAUAUAUUAAACUCAUUGUCAUGCUUGGAAAAUGCAAACAGCCUGAAAAAGCCCAUGCACUCUUCCAAGUCAUGGUUGAUGAAGGUUGCAUCAUAAACCAUGAAUCAUACACUGCCCUCAUUUCAGCAUAUAGUAGGAGCGGCCUCUUUGACGAAGCAUUCUCUCUGCUCAACAAGAUGAAGAUUACUGAGGGCUGCCAUCCUGAUGUCCAGACAUAUUCCAUUCUCAUCAAGUCUUGUUUGCAAGUCUUUGCAUUUGACAAAGUUCAGAUCCUGCUUUCUGAUAUGGAGAGCCAGGGGAUAAGGCCUAACACCAUCACAUACAACACACUCAUUGAUGCUUAUGGAAAAGCAGGCAGAAGGUUUUGGGAGAUGGAGUCAACACUCAUGGAAAUGCUCUCUAACCAUGAUUGCAAACCCGAUGUAUGGACCAUGAAUGCUACCCUCCGAGCCUUUGGUGGUAGCGGGCAAAUUGAGACAAUGGAGAAGUGCUAUGACAAGUUCCAAAGCUCUGGCAUUUCCCCAAACAUCAAAACCUUCAACAUACUUCUAGAUUCCUAUGGCAAAGCUAGGAAGUAUGAAAAGAUGGGUGCUGUGAUGGAAUACAUGCAGAAGUAUUACUUCUCCUGGUCGGCAGUUACUUAUAAUGUGGUUAUCGAUGCAUUUGGUAGGGCAGGAGACCUGAAGCAGAUGGAGUAUAUCUUUAGAUUGAUGAAGUCUGAGAGGAUCAAACCCAAUUGUGUUACACUCUGUUCACUAGUUAGAGCUUAUGGAAGGGUGGGGGAUCUGGAUAAAAUAAAAGCACUAUUAAGAUUUAUUGAGAACUCGGAUGUGAUGUUAGAUACUGUAUUCUUCAACUGCUUGGUGGAUGCAUAUGGGAGAGCUGGGUGCUUGGCAGAGAUGAGGGAGGUGCUGGAAAUGAUGAAGACAAGAGGUUGUACACCAGACAAGAUAACUUACAGCACCAUGAUUAAGGCAUAUCUCAGCAGAGGGAUUGAUGAUCAUCAUGUUCAUGAUCUUCGCAAUAUCAGCAGAAUACAGACUGCCCCACUGGUGGAGGAUCCUACUUUGCAAGCUUGAACACUGAAGGUGAAGUAGUAGACAUGUUUUGUUGUAUAACCGAUUACUCCAUUAUUUAUACUUUUCAGUACCAGAAGUAAUAAAUUGUAUGUUUCUUUCUUUUUCCUAAAAGAAAGAUUUGAUGAUUUGCCAUGUUGUAUUCACCAUGGCUCCAUCUGUGCAAUUUAAUUCAUAUUUAAGGAGAGCUAGCAAUUGCUGCUUUUUUUUUUGUUUUGAUCAUGCAUUGGAACUCUAAUUUGUUAAAUACAGGUGGACUCAGAGGGCUUUCUUACCA